CUUUUCCUGCCUCGGAAAGGAAUUCUCACAGCUGCUCUUCUUGCUAGCUCCAUUCUGCCCCAGAGCCUGGUUAUAAACCUCCAGCCUGGGCUCCAGGAAGUCGAGAUUCACAUUGUACUUGAACGAGCAGUCUGCUUAGUUUACUACUACUACUGCUACUACUAUUAUUAUUUAGAGAAAACAAAAUGUUUCCUCUGAGCCGCAACCCCGAUCUUCCCCCUGGAUGAGCAGACUAUCAACAAAGAAGUGUAACUGGUGGAGCAGACGGAGCCCUUGACUGACUGGACUGUGCAAGUUAAUGGAGUUUCCUUUGCUGGCUCUCUUCUCCCCAGCCCGGUGGAAAGAGCCUUUGGGGCCAGAGUUAAGGAUGCACUGUAUGUGCAGAAAGUAUCUAUUUCUCCCCCUUUUUUUCUUUCACUGAACCUUAAAAAAUCUAGGGUAGUUUGAUUAAAAUGUAGCUGUUUGGGAAGCAUAAGCUGUGGAAAAUGAAAAAUACUAGAAGGAAAAUGUACUGGUCCAGUGAGGGGGAGUAGUUGUCCAGUAUUUGGAAAGUACCCAAGGUGAACUAUGUGGAUUUUGGAAAUUACUUUUUUUAACUGUUGGAUUCUCUCGCAAAUCAGCUUUUAAGGUAUAGGGCUAAGAGCUUUGUGUUUGUUUUGGUUUGGUUACUUGUGGACACUUCUUGCUGACCUAGGCAUCUUAAAAACAAGAUAUGUGGGAACAGGUUUAUGAAGUGUCUGUUAUCUUGAAAAAUGCAUUUUAUGAAUGCUUUGAAUUAGGAAGGUGUUAACAGUAUCGUUUCUGCCACAGAGGAAGCUAUAAUCUGAAACAGUUGCCUGGCAGUCACCCAGAUGCCCUUGACUGGCAAGAGCUAGUGUUCCGAACCGUCUUCCUUUAGAUGGAAAUACAGAGCUACCUUCCUGAUGUGUAAGUGGGCAUUCUUUGAUGUCGUUUAAUAAUAGACAACUUUUCUGCCUUUAAUUUUCAGAUACAGAAUUAACACCUGGAAUCUGGAGACGCGCUUUGUACAAAUUGAAAGCUUUGGGCUUUCUCUUUAGUUCUCCAGAUGUGUUAUCUCAUCUGUCUGCUUGAAACAUCCACAGUCACAUAGACUCCAGCUACUAACUAUGGAGUUGUGUGACCCGUCGCAGUGUUGGAACGUUUUUGCUGAGCUUUGGAACUAGCGUUCUUUUCCCACCAGUUUAACACUUUGUCAAGAAUAAGAAGCCAAACAAAGACAUGCACAUUCUGUUGACAUAUGGACUCUGUAACUGGUGAAUUUUAUUGAAACUGGUCACUCCGUCAAAGUCAGCUUGAUAUGCAAGUCAUGUCCUAAUGGAUAUGAAGACUUACGUUGGUGUAUCCAGGCUCUAGCAAACAACUGAAGAUAAACAGACAAGCAAAAACCUAUUAUUAUGACUAACCCUUGGGAAGAGAAAGUCUGCAAAAUGGCUCAAACCAGUUUACUGCAAGGAAAGCAAUUCUACUGUAGGGAGUGGGUUUUCCACAAGCUUCAGCAUUGCCUCCAGGAGAAAACCAACUGCUGCAACAGCGCUGUCAACACCCCAGCCCUUGCUGUGAAUCCUGGGAAUAAUGCUGGAGCUGUCUCUGGGAAGGGAGCUUCCUGGGGGGUGCUGUUGGUGGGAGGGCCUGGCAGUGGCAAGACUGCCCUGUGUACUGAGCUCUUAUGGCCAAGUUCACCUUCAGGUUUGCAGAGAGGCUUACACCGUCAGGCACUGGCCUUCCAUUUCUGCAAAGCUCAGGACUCCGAUACCUUGUGCGUUGGAGGGUUUGUUAGAGGUCUGGUUGCCCAGAUCUGCCGCAGUGGACUACUCCAAGGCUAUGAAGACAAGCUGAGAGAUCCGGCAGUCCAGAGCCUCUUACAGCCGGGGGAAUGUGAGAGGAACCCAGCCGAAGCAUUUAAAAGGUGUGUGCUGCUCCCACUUUUGGGAAUGAAGCCCCCGCAGCAGAGCCUGUACCUACUCGUUGAUUCUGUUGAUGAAGGGUGUAACGUUACGGAAGGUGAACAGACGUCUACCAGCCUGUCUGGGACAGUCGCAGAGCUUCUAGCUGGUCACCAUGAGUUCUUUCCACCAUGGCUGUUGCUCCUCUGUUCUGCCCGAAAACAGAGUAAGGCUGUUACAAAAAUGUUUACUGGUUUCCGAAAAAUAAGUUUAGAUGAUCUUCGGAAGGCGUAUAUCGUGAAAGACGUUCAGCAGUACAUUCUUCACCGUUUAGACCAGGAAGAAGCUUUACGACAGCACCUCACAAAAGAAACUGCGGAGAUGCUAAAUCAGCUGCACAUAAAAAGUAGCGGGUGCUUUCUUUACCUAGAACGAGUUCUAGAUGGAGUAGUGGAAAAUUUUAUAAUGUUGAGAGAGAUUCGUGACAUCCCAGGAACACUAAAUGGUCUGUACCUCUGGCUGUGCCAAAGACUUUUUGUAAGAAAGCAGUUUGCAAAGGUUCAGCCUAUCCUGAAUGUGAUCCUUGCAGCCUGCCGACCUUUGACCAUCACAGAAUUGUAUCACGCAGUAUGGACCAAGAAUAUGUCAUUAACCUUGGAGGACUUUCAACGCAAGUUGGAUGUCCUCUCCAAACUCCUUGUUGAUGGACUAGGAAAUACUAAAAUACUGUUUCACUACAGCUUUGCAGAGUGGCUUCUGGAUGUGAAGCACUGUACUCAAAAGUAUUUGUGUAAUGCAGCAGAAGGACACAGAAUGUUGGCUAUGAGUUAUACCUGUCAAGCCAAGAAUUUAACUCCAUUGGAAGCACAAGAGUUUGCGUUACACUUAAUUAAUUCGAAUUUGCAGUUGGAGACAGCUGAGUUGGCUCUGUGGAUGAUAUGGAAUGGCACACCUGUCAGAGACUCCCUAUCUACUUUAAUACCCAAGGAACAAGAAGUACUGCAGCUGUUGGUUAAAGCUGGUGCUCAUGUCAACAGUGAAGAUGAUCGCACCUCAUGCAUAGUCCGACAAGCCUUAGAAAGAGAGGACUCUAUAAGGACAUUGUUGGAUAAUGGAGCUUCAGUGAAUCAGUGUGAUUCCAAUGGGAGAACAUUGUUAGCUAAUGCUGCAUACAGUGGUAAUCUUGAUGUAGUGAAUUUACUUGUCUCCAGGGGAGCAGAUUUAGAGAUAGAAGAUACUCACGGACAUACUCCACUCACUCUGGCUGCACGCCAAGGACAUACCAAGGUGGUGAAUUGUCUGAUAGGAUGUGGAGCAAAUAUUAAUCAUACUGAUCAAGAUGGCUGGACUGCACUAAGAUCUGCUGCUUGGGGUGGUCACACCGAGGUCGUUUCUGCACUGCUUUAUGCUGGCGUGAAAGUGGACUGUGCAGAUGCUGACAGCCGAACAGCUCUGAGAGCAGCGGCAUGGGGAGGACACGAGGACAUUGUCCUCAAUCUGCUGCAACAUGGUGCUGAAGUUAACAAAGCUGACAAUGAAGGUAGAACUGCUUUAAUAGCAGCAGCAUACAUGGGACAUAGAGAGAUUGUGGAACAUCUGCUGGACCAUGGAGCAGAAGUAAACCAUGAGGAUGUUGAUGGCAGGACUGCCCUCUCUGUCGCUGCACUGUGUGUCCCUGCAAGUAAAGGGCAUGCAUCAGUUGUGAGUCUCUUAAUUGACCGAGGUGCUGAAGUAGAUCAUUGUGACAAAGAUGGCAUGACUCCACUGCUGGUGGCUGCCUACGAAGGACACGUGGAUGUGGUUGACUUGCUUUUAGAGGGGGGAGCCGAUGUUGAUCACACAGACAACAAUGGCCGUACACCCCUCUUAGCAGCUGCUUCUAUGGGUCAUGCGUCAGUAGUAAACACACUUUUGUUUUGGGGUGCAGCUGUGGAUAGUAUUGACAGUGAAGGUAGGACAGUCCUCAGCAUAGCUUCCGCACAGGGAAAUGUUGAGGUGGUCCGCACACUGCUGGAUAGGGGGUUAGAUGAGAAUCACAGAGAUGAUGCUGGAUGGACGCCUUUGCACAUGGCAGCUUUUGAAGGCCACAGGUUAAUAUGUGAAGCACUGAUCGAACAAGGUGCUAGAACCAAUGAGAUUGACAAUGAUGGGCGGAUCCCUUUCAUAUUGGCUUCACAAGAGGGUCACUAUGAUUGUGUGCAAAUACUGUUGGAAAACAAAUCUAACAUUGAUCAGAGAGGUUAUGACGGAAGAAACGCACUGCGGGUUGCUGCGUUAGAAGGACACCGGGACAUUGUUGAAUUGCUUUUUAGCCACGGAGCUGAUGUCAAUUACAAAGAUGCUGAUGGCAGGCCCACCCUUUACAUAAUGGCCUUGGAAAACCAACUUACGAUGGCUGAAUAUUUUUUAGAAAAUGGUGCAAAUGUAGAAGCGAGUGAUGCCGAAGGAAGGACGGCGCUUCACGUUUCAUGUUGGCAAGGCCACAUAGAAAUGGUGCAGGUUCUGCUGGCCUACCAUGCUGAUGUCAAUGCUGCAGAUAACGAGAAGCGCUCUGCUCUCCAAUCUGCCGCCUGGCAGGGCCACGUCAAAGUGGUUCAGCUUCUGAUUGAGCACGGGGCUGUGGUUGACCACACUUGUAAUCAGGGUGCCACUGCCCUCUGUAUUGCAGCGCAGGAAGGACACAUCGAUGUGGUGCAAGUUUUAUUAGAGCACGGUGCCGAUCCAAACCAUGCUGAUCAAUUUGGACGCACUGCUAUGCGUGUGGCAGCCAAAAACGGACAUUCUCAAAUCAUUAAAUUAUUAGAAAAAUAUGGUGCAUCUAGUUUGAAUGGCUGUUCACCAUCCCCUGUUCACACAAUGGAGCAAAAACCUCUACAGUCAGUGUCUUCAAAAAUGCAGUCGUUAACAAUUAAAUCAAAUAGUUCUGGUAGUACUGGCGCAGGGGACACGCAGCCUUCGUUACGUGGUUUGCCCAACGGGCCAGCUCAUGCAUUCAGUUCUCCUUCAGAAUCGCCAGAUUCUACAGUUGAUCGGCAGAAGUCAUCAUUGUCAAAUAAUUCCCUUAAGAGCUCAAAAAAUUCAUCUUUAAGAACUACUUCCUCCACAGCAACUGCUCAGACAGUGCCAAUCGAUAGCUUUCAUAGUUUGUCAUUUACAGAACAAAUUCAGCAGCAUUCAUUGCCCCGCAGUAGAAGUCGACAGUCAAUUGUUUCUCCAUCUUCCACAACGCAGUCCCUGGGGCAGAGUCAUAAUUCCCCAAGUAGUGAGUUUGAAUGGAGUCAAGUAAAGCCCAGUCUGAAAUCAACAAAAACAAAUAAAGGAGGGAAAUCAGAAAAUUCCAACAAAUCUGGAUCAGCUGGGAAAAAAGCAAAGCAAAAUAAUUCCUCACAGCCAAAGGUAUUAGAAUAUGAAAUGACUCAGUUUGAUAAAAGAGGACCUGUCACCAAGCCUGGGCCCAGCGCACCACCCAAACAAACACCUGCAGAGCCUCAGUGCAAAAUUGUGAUACCUUCCACUCAGCAGGAAAUUGGUAGGUCUCAGCAGCAGUUUCUCAUUCACCAACAAAGCGGAGAGCAGAAAAAGAGAAAUGGAAUAAUGACCAACCCGAAUUACCAUCUUCAGAACAACCAGGUUUUUCUUGGUCGGGUGUCAGUUCCACGAACAAUACAAGACAGAGGGCAUCAGGAAGUGUUAGAAGGCUAUCCUUCCUCAGAGACAGAAUUGAGCCUUAAACAAGCCCUGAAGCUUCAGAUUGAGGGUUCUGAGCCCAGCUUCAACUAUAAAAAGGAAACGCCACUGUAAAAGUUUCCUAGUCUGUGAAACAGAAGACAUUGUGAUUGGAUUAGUUCUUCAGCUGCUGGAUGAAAACAUGAGACGCCUGUUGAUUCGCUGAAAAAAAUAAAAUUGAAGAAUGUGAUAUCUGCAGUACAGUUACUUUAAUGACUGUAAUGUGCCUAAAUAAUAAGGCUGCCUUCUCAGUGUAACCCUCUAUGCUUAAAAUAUUUCAUUUUGUGUGCUUUGUAUUCAUUACACAAGAAUAAGCACUUUUUAAUAAUGCAGAUAUAUACUACAGUUCCCUGACAAAAGCUGAAAAUAUUGAAUAAAGUAUUUUAAGUUAAGAUUUGAUAAUUGUGCAUGUGCCAUGGUCAAAUAUAUAUGAAAAGGCAGUGUUCCUUAUAUUUAUGUUUCUUGUUUUAUGGCGAAAGAAAUUUAAGCAUUCUGUUUCAGUCACAUUGGCAUUGUAGCCUAUGGCCUGCUUCCUGUAUCUUUAAAAACAUUGCUCAAUAAAACAAAUCUGGCAACUGUUUCAUGUUCACUACACCCUCAGCAUUGGGGAAAAAUGAAUUUUUGCAUAAACGUUGCAUUGAAAUAAGAAAAAUGUUUUCUUGACAGAUUCAGAAAAUAAUAAUUGCUAAUACUUUGGGGAGCUGGAAUAAAUAGAUCAAUUCUGGAUUUUCCCAUUGAAAUGCUCCUCAUCUCUGAGUUAUAAGUGUCUCAGCAACCAACCAGACUAGGUAGGACAGAGUUUUGUUCACGUUCCACUCCUGUGUCAAUUCUCAGGGCCAAAGCCAUGCCUCAUUGCAUGUGUGUGCAGAGGGAGAUACACCUGUUUAUCUGAGGAUAGAUUUUUUUUUUAUUUCUAAACACCUCAUUGACUCCCCUUAUCUCUUCUUCCGCGCUAAGUAUCAUUUGUCAGCAUAAACAUUAAUGUUUGCUUCUCUCACACUUGUUUCUAUUUUGUAACUCUGCACAUGCCCCAAAUAGCCCCUUUCAAAAUCAGUUGGAUUGAUUCUGAUGGUUCAGUUGGAUGAGCAUUUCUGAUGAAUGCAGUAUGUGUUGUCCUUCAGUGGUGACAGCACUAACCCAUCAGUUAUAGCACGUGUGUAUUUUUGUAUUGUUGUUAGGUGGUGGUAGUGAUGGAUUUGCACUUUUCUAUCCUUAUGCUCCUUCCUAUUUUCUUCUUUGGACCUUUGUGUGCUGGAUGACUGUGUGCCAGGGAAAUUCUUUUGCCAAGGAAAGUAAAAUUGGUUCAAAGGAGCAUAGCUUCAGACUGCUUGCUGUAUGUAGAUAUUCUAGACCAGAGGAGCCAGCUGAAACUGGCUGUUCCUUUUGUCUGGAAGUGUUGGCGUAGUGUUUAAAAGUCAAGGUUGUGGAUUUGAUCUUGGAAUGAGACCUGCUAAUCUUAACAUAGCUCUGUGUACUAUUGAUAAGGAAGAGGAAUGAGGAAUGAGAAUUUGGAGAUAGAGCACAAAACCAUUGCUACUACUGGAAAAAAAUCUUAAGAAUAUGUCUUAGUAACAGAAGUCAGUAAUGUCACCUGCAGAUAUGAAGGACGCUAAGGUGACACAUUGUUCAAGGACAUAGAAAUGUGUCAUUGGUUGUGAUAAACAUUACACUUGAAUCUGUUUAAGGUGUUUUUUUUUUUUUAAGUCAGCAAAGCUCAUUUUGUCUGUGUCAUCUACAAGUCAUAAUCAGAACCAGGAGACAAGUUGAUAAGUUCAAUCAAUAUUAAGAUGACAUAGCAAUAUUGAUAACUCGAAUGUGAAUGUUUCAAGUAUUGAAUUCUUGUCCCUAUGGGACAUUUAUUAAAUACACUUAAUAGGACUCUUUCAAAGUAGCCUUAAAAGUGUUAAUGAUUCUGUUAAUAAAUAUGAACUCAUACUGUUUUUAGAACCAACUUUACUCAUAUCUCAAAUGCAGUACAUUUACAUGACUGUAGAAGAAGAUGAAGCUGUAAUUUCUUAUUAGGUGUAUUUUUCUUUAGAAAGAGAACUCUAAAAGCUGCCAGUUUUUUCUAUUAAUCUUGAAUUAUUCACAUUGUAUUUAUUUAAUUUUAUUGUUUUUACAAAGUUGCACCUUGUAGCCAAAGGGCAAAGAUAUGAUUCAUUGUAUAAGGGAUUUUGCGUUUUUCAAAGAGGUAAAUGUUUUCAUAUCCAUACUGUAUACACUUGAAACAGUAAGAAGAAAUCUUGCAGGAAAAAUAUGAUUUUCAGGAGUAAGUUCCUCUGGGUGUUUUUAUAUAAAUGAUGUUUUGAAAUAGAACUUAAGUGACUUCCAGUAAGCUUCAGGAAGGCAGGGGUGGGAGAUGCCCUGCUUUACUUCAUUGUUUGUGUGGCGAGUUUGGUACCGUUACUGAAAAUGAUUUUAAGCACCAUUAAAGAAUAAAAAGGCCCCCAAAUAUAAGACUCUUAAAUAGCUAUUUUUGAAACUAAAUGUUUAGAUUUUGUAAAUUAGCUGUUGCCCACUACACAAUUUAUGAUGCUAUAUGCUUAAAAUGUUUUUAUAACAUUCCAUUCAUGUUACCUAAACGUGUGAGUUGCUAACAUGGGAGGUGAGAGAAAUACAGCAAUGAAAGUUAAACACUUGAGUAUUCCUAGGAAUGGUUAUGGGAGAAAAACUGAGUGGAAAUCAGUAUAUACUGUAAUGUAAAGUUAAUAUCUUUGUCCCUUAUCACUCCCACCACCACCGGAAUCCUCACUAAAAAUAAUUCACUUAAAAAAUGGGAGUACAUACUUUUCUCUGUAUUAUUUUGCUAUGCAAAUGUUUGUUUUUCUUGAUGUAGUCCAGUUACACUUCUCAGCAAACGUAGUUGCAGACAAAGGCUUUCUUUUUAUUUCUCCCUUGGUUUGGGGUAUGUAAAUAAACAGCCUAAAAUGUACAUUGAAUUUCACAUUGUAAAAGUUUUAUUUCCUGUAUUAUAUUACACAAAAAUCCCUAUGUAUAUGAAAGUGCAUAAUAAAUAUAUUUGCUUU